UCAUCCCUACAUGAUGGUCCUUUAAAGAUGGCGGAGCGCUUGGCUGCACGUUUGACCGCACAAGAGGAGCAGAUUCUCCUCCUCACCACGGAGAUAUCCGCUCUCAGGGACGGGUUGAUCCGAGGUGUGGAUACCGCGGCUGUCACCUCUGUCUCCCCGGAGCUGGAGAGCCUGCAGACCGAGAACGAGAAGCUGAAAUACCGGCUGCUGCACCUCCGGAGGGGUCUGCGGCGGGAGGAGGGGGCGCUGCAGGAGGUACAAGGGAAGAAACUUCCAGGAGUGAAGAAUGAGAAAGCUCUGCAGAAAACUACCAGUGCAGAGCAGACGACUAACAACCGAGCUGAUAAUAAGGUGCCGCCUCCAGAUAAAAAAACAGCUGAUGGAAACAACAAGAAGGAGAAGAAGCAGGAGAAGGGAGGAGGAGGAGGAGGAGGAGGAGUGAAAGAGCUGAAGCCCUGGCCCGAGUACAUCUCCCAGCGCCUCAGUCUGUACGAGGAGCUGAAGAAGGAGAGCGACGCCCUGCUGAAGAAGAAAGCUGUCGACAGUAAACCCAUCACGGUGGAGCUGCCUGACGGGCGUCGGGUGGAGGGGAAGGCCUGGAUCACCACACCCUACCAGUUAGCUUCAGAUAUCAGCCAGGGCCUCGCUGACAACGCGGUGAUUUCCCGGGUGAAUGGAGCCCUGUGGGACCUGGACCGACCUCUGGAGCAGGAUUGCUCUCUGGAGAUCUUACGCUUUGAUAACGAGGAUGCACAGGCAGUGUAUUGGCACUCCAGCGCUCACAUCCUGGGCGAGGCCAUGGAGCGCUUCUACGGAGGCUGUUUGUGUUACGGACCCCCCAUCGAGAACGGUUUCUACUACGACAUGUUCCUGGAUGGACAGAAGGGCGUGUCCAGCGCUGAGUUUGGGGACCUGGAGACUUUGUGUAAGACUGUGGUGAAGGACAAGCAGCCCUUUGAGAGGCUGGAGAUCAGCAAGGAGACCCUGUUGAAGAUGUUUAAGUACAACAAGUUCAAGUGUCGCAUCCUGAAUGAGAAAGUCACCACCCCCACCACUACAGUCUACAGAUGUGGACCCCUGAUCGACUUGUGCAGAGGCCCCCAUGUCAGACACACAGGCAAGAUCAAAGCCAUGAAGAUAUAUAAGAACUCUGCUACCUACUGGGAGGGCCGCUCCGACAUGGAGACUCUGCAGAGGAUCUACGGGAUUUCCUUCCCAGACUCAAAGAUGCUGAAGGAGUGGGAACGCUUUCAGGAGGAGGCCAAGAACAGAGACCAUCGCAAGAUCGGCAAAGAUCAGGAGCUGUUCUUCUUCCAUGAUCUCAGCCCUGGCAGUUGUUUCUUCAUGCCACGAGGCGCCUACAUCUACAACACGCUCACAGAGUUCAUCAGGGAUGAGUACUGGAGAAGAGGCUUCCAGGAAGUGGCUUCUCCGAACAUUUAUAACAGCAAACUGUGGGAGACGUCGGGCCACUGGCAGCACUACAGCGAGAACAUGUUCUCCUUCCCGGUGGAGGAGGACAUCUUUGCACUCAAGCCCAUGAACUGCCCCGGACACUGUCUGAUGUUCGGCCACAGGCCUCGCUCGUGGAGGGAGCUUCCCCUGAGGCUGGCGGAUUUCGGGGUCCUGCACAGAAACGAGCUGUCGGGGACUCUGACGGGGCUGACCCGAGUGCGGCGUUUCCAGCAGGAUGACGCUCACAUCUUCUGCACCAUGGAUCAGAUCGAGACAGAGAUGAAGGGCUGUCUGGAUUUCCUCCGCUGUGUUUACGAUGUGUUUGGAUUCUCCUUCCAGCUUCACCUCUCCACCCGUCCAGAGAAGUUUCUGGGUGACAUCGCCGUCUGGAACCAGGCUGAGAGGCAACUGGAGAACAGCUUGAAUGAGUUCGGGGAGCCAUGGAAACUCAACCCAGGAGACGGUGCUUUCUACGGCCCAAAGAUCGACAUUAAAAUCAAAGACGCAAUCGGACGUUACCACCAGUGUGCGACCAUUCAGCUGGACUUCCAGCUGCCCAUCCGCUUCAACCUGACCUUUGUGGGGAAGGACGGGGAUGACAAAGGCCGACCUGUCAUCAUCCAUCGCGCCAUCUUGGGCUCGGUGGAGAGGAUGAUCGCCAUCCUCACAGAAAACUACGCUGGGAAAUGGCCUCUGUGGCUCUCUCCUCGUCCGGUCAUGUUAGUGCCCGUCAACCCCUCCUGCGAGGACUACGCCAAGAAGGUGUGUAAGCAGUUCACAGAAGCUGGUUUCAUGGCGGACGCCGACCUGGACUCUAGCUGCCUCCUUAACAAGAAGAUCAGAAACGCUCAGUUGGCCCAAUAUAACUUCAUUCUGGUGGUCGGAGAGAAGGAGAAGAUGACUGACGGCGUGAACGUGCGCACCAGGGACAACAAAGUCCACGGCGAGCUGUCGGUGGCCCAGGUGCUGGCUCGCCUCACCCUGCUCAAACAAUCCCGCUGUCGGAACGCAGAGGAGGAGUUCUGAC